AUGGAAGGCAUGGAUUAUGAUCUGUCCGACGUCUCGGACUUGAGCUCCGUGCCCUCCUCAUCGACGCGGUCCUCGCCUGAGCCGGCCACCCGGUACCUGACACCGUCUUCCCAAGAUGCUGAGGAUUCAACGCGCCAAGACUGCCCUCCACCCGCGAAGAAGCGGAGGCGCAACCCCCUGCCCAAGGAGCGCACCACCCAGUAUCUCUAUCUUUCUAAAUCAUCCUACGAGCAGCAAGAUCAGGUGAAAUUGCUCGUCGACACUCUGCGCCACCAAAAGGACAUCGUCGCCAUUGCGGGCGCGGGCAUCUCCACAUCCGCGGGUAUUCCCGAUUUUCGCUCGACAGAUGGCUUGUUCAAGUCUUUGCAGAAAAAGCACAAUUUGAAGGCUUCCGGCAAGCUGCUCUUUGAUGCCGCCGUCUACCAGGAUGAUGCCUUGACGGCCCCUUUCCAUGAAUUGGUCAGGUCGCUGUCGGUAGAGGCCGCCAACUGCAAGCCCACCAAGUUCCACGAAAUGCUUGCGCGUCUCGGCCAGGAGAACCGGCUCAAGCGACUGUAUACCCAGAACAUUGAUGGCCUUGAGACCUCUAUGAAGCCCCUAGCGACGGAGAUUCCGCUCAGUGCCAAGGGUCGCUGGCCCGUCACUAUUCAACUCCACGGCAGUAUCACCAAGAUGGUAUGCCAGAAGUGUCGCUACCUCUGUGACCUGAUGCCUAGCAGAUUCUGUGAAGCUGAUCCUCCCGAGUGCGACGAGUGCUCUGUCAAGGAAGAAGUCCGCCAAACAUCUGGGCACCGGAGUCAUGGGGUAGGGCGUAUGCGACCGCGCAUCGUUCUUUACAACGAGCACAAUCCCGACGAGGAGGCGAUCACGUCUGUCAUGAAUGCCGACAUCAAGUCCCGCCCUCGCGUGCUACUCGUCGCUGGCACCAGCUUGAAGAUCCCGGGGGUUCGACGCCUUGUCAAGAGUCUAUGCACCGUGAUCCGCAGCCGCAAGGACGGCGUCACGAUGUUCAUCAACAAUGAGCCGCCUGUCGGCAAGGAAUUCGAGAACUGUUUCGACCUUAUUGUACAGGGAUCUACCGACGAGGUGGCCGAUCUCGUCAAGCUGAAGAGCUGGGAGGACCCAACGCCCUAUAUGAUGUCGCUGCCGGAGCCGGUCUUCGGAAUCAAGCCUGGUUCUGACGAGGAGCUCUCCUCUUCAGACACCGAACAGAAGGUUUCCGUGGUUAUCAAUACUACACCCAAGAAGCGUCCUCGCAGUGACACGGGGUUGAUGACACCUUCCUCCUCUCACGAUGAGAAGCCGGCGGCCAAGAAGCCCGCACAGAGCAAGACCAAGAACGCGGCCAGUAAAGGCCCCAGUAUCAAGAGCCUGCUCAAUCCGGAAAGCAAGCCCGCUGCCUCGGCCAAAGGAGGCCGCAAGCCCGCUGCGAAACCCGCCGCCCCCAAGAAGCGCGCUGGCAGACCCAAGGCCGUGCCAGCUCAGUCCAAACAGAUUACAUCCUUCGCCACCGUCGGCAAAGCGAACACCGUGGCUGCCCCGGUGGACAAGAAGAAUGGCACGUCCAAACCUAUGCGCGCUUUGCCAUAUGGUGCCGCUAAAAGCAACGGUCCGGUCUUGAUGUUCCCCGGUCUCGCCCAAAAGCCCGGUGUUGAAGCGCCUGUGGCUGAGUCGGUGACUACCGUGUCUUCUUAA